AUGAGUUCCGGUAUCCUCAAGCCUGGUCAGCAGAACAAGACUGGGCCGAUUAGUCUGCCGCCAGGCCUCACACCUAGCAGCCAGGCACUACUACUGGAAAAGAUCAACGCCCGUCGGGGCACUCCCGACUCUAUCUCGGAGGCAGUUGCAAGCUCGGACGACGAGACCGAGGCACAUCGCCAAGAGUACCCUCAAGCCAUCCAGCCCCAGAAGCCCAUCCGGCGAGCCUCUUGGUUGAGCGACCCCUCGCAAGCUGGAAUCCGACCGCGACAGGGCUCCUUCGCAAGCAGCUCCAUGUCGCCGACGACGUCCCACCCAAGCACUCCUGCCGCUGACGCAGGUGCUACCGCAUGGGGCACACAUUCGACAGCACCUACUGUGAUGGCUCGUCCUCACAACGGUUCGGGCUCCUUCGGUUGGGGAGCGGGCAUCUGGAACAAUGACAGGAAGGAGCCACCUGCUCGCCUGGCUGAAGUGCUCCCAUCACCGACCUCGUCCAUCCCGUCGGCGAACCCUUUGCUCAGUUCGGAUGGUGCGACCUUGCAGACCUCUCCGGCGCCGAGAGACUCUGGCACCAAUGCUCAGAUACCCUUUGCCAUUCCCAUCCACCCAACCCCGAAGAACUACCGCUCACAGUCAUACUCUGUGGGCCAAGCGGACCCCGAGACCCCGACGUCGGCUACCAUGGUCGGCUCUUCUGGCAUCAUUGGAUCCCGUGGUCGGGGUGUCGCCCACCCAGGUCUGCAACAUCGACCCUCGAGACCCAGCAUGCUCAGCGAGAUGUCGAACGAAGGCGGUAUGCUCGGGAAGGUCAAGGAGGUCGACGACGACGAGGACGAGGACGUUGAUCCUCUUCAGGGACAGCAUCAAUCGGCCGAGGCGAAGAAGAUCGAAAUGCUCACCCGAGAGAAUGCCAUGUUGCGUCAGCAGCAGCUGCACGCCAACCGCAUGAGACCAAGAGCGUCGACGGGCUUCGGUGUUCUGGGCAACGGCUACGGCCCUGUCAUGGAAGAACCAUCUGAUUAUGCCGUUGAUCUGGACGACUCCACGGACAUGCCUGCUGACGCUGCAACCAAGAGAGCCUUCGGCCGGAGGAUGAGCGAGUUUGGCAGUGGACCAUUUAGGUCCUCUUUCUCCCUGGAGAACCGACCGCUCGAGAAUGUCAAGAAGGCGAUCUGGUCGAGCUCUCUCGGCUUUGGUGGUCUGGUGGACAUUCCCCAGAGCAGACGCCAUUCAUUCGCCGAUGUGCCUACCCGUCAGCCGUCUAUUGGAUCUAUUGGUGACCAAGUCGCUCCUCAGGAAGCAGGUCCUCUUGAGGCUCAACAUGCGCAGGAUUUUCCUCCCAGCCAGUUCGACACCUCAAUGCUCACUCAGGCAAAUCCUAGCGCCUACUUCAACGGGCCGGGAAUCGCUGGCGCUCAGCAGCAUAUGGUAACCUCGGCGUAUGGAAACAUGUAUCCAGCCGUGUACGGAAUGCAGGCCCCUUUCCCGAAUAGAGCGCCUUCUCCACACCGUGGUCUCUAUGGGAUCCCACAACCUCGACACGCCCAGAAGCUUCACAUCGUGCUGUUCAAGUGCAACAGAGCAGAUGUGUUUUACAUUCAGGAAGGUACCGGAUUGACAGUCAAGCCAGGCGACUUGGUGAUCGUGGAGGCGGACCGAGGGACCGACCUUGGAACCGUGGCCAAGGACAAUGUGGACUGGGCCCAUGCCAAAGAGCUGAAAGAGCAUUUUGCCGAGGAGCACUAUAAGUGGCUCAUGAUGUUCUCUCAGAAUGCUGCCGCCGCCCAGGACGGGACCACCGCCGGUCUCAUGGCAGCAGCCAAUGGCAUGCACGGCGGCGCCGUUGGCGGCAUGGGUCCACCAAGCCAACAUCACUUGCAGGAGCCCAACGCUGGGGAGCUGAAACCGAAGCUGAUUAAACGCCACGCUCAGUCCCAUGAGAUCCAGGCCCUCCGAGAGAAGGAGGGUAGUGAAGCGAAGGCAAAGCGUAUCUGCCAGUCAAAGGUCAAGGAUCACGGUCUUAACAUGGAAAUCCUGGAUGCUGAAUUCCAGAUGGACUGGAAGAAACUGACCUUCUACUACUUUGCCGACUCGUACAUCAACUUCAAUUCCCUCGUCACCGAUCUCUUCAAGAUCUACAAGACUCGAAUCUGGAUGUCGGCCAUCAACCCAGCAUCUUUCGCGAGUCCCUCAAUCGCACUACAGACGCCGAGUGGCAUCGGCCCAGGUGCUGUUGGUGUGGGCCGAAAUGGCCCCAACGACCGCCGAGCAAACCAACAACAGGAGCCACAGGCUGCUUUUGCUAAUGCUGCCGCCACUGGUCGCCCCUUCUCAGGGAUGUCGGCGUCCCCGUUCGGCAAUGACCGCGGCACUACGACUUACUCACAACCUUCCUACCCAUAUGGCGGCAAUUAUGCUGGCUUCUCCAACGGACCUCGCCCCGUCGCGAACUCCUUUGUACCACCUGUCGACCCUUAUGCCACCGCCUUCCCCAGUGGCGGCGGCGACUAUCAAUUGCGCACUCGGGGAGGUUUCCCUCAGUCGGGCGUGACAGCACAACAGGAUCAGCCAGUCUCGCCUUUGACCACCCAGAAUGACUGGAUUGGGUCGUUCCAGGGGCUAUCUCUCAAUAGCCGCUGA